GGAUCGUAUCGAUCCCCUCCUCAGUGGAGGCGGAUCUGAGCCACUGGGGGAAGCCACACACACUGUCAUCAGGAGUCCCUCUGAGCAGAGCGACACAUCACGUGCCGGUCUUCACAGACGCAUCACUGUCGGGGUGGGAGGGGGACAUGUUGUCCCAGACUGAGGGAGGCCGCUGGUCUGCCCACCCUGUCCCCCACAUAAAUGUUCUGGAACUUCUGACUGUGUGGAAAGUGCUUGUGCAUUUCAUUCAUCUGGUCCGGGACCAGCAUGUUCUGGUCCACACGGACAACAAGUGGCAGCGGCUUACAUAAGCCGCCAUGGAGGGGUAUGCUUCCGGCUGCUGUUGGACACAGCCAGAGAGCUGCGCCUCUGGGCACACACCCAC